UUGUUCCCUCCCCGCUCCGGCUGCCGAGUGGGAGGGAACCGGGCCCGCCCGCGCCUUGCCCGCCGCUGUCGGCAGGCGCAGCAGCGGCGGAGCGGAGCGGGCGGCGGAGCGCAGCGCAGGGUCCCGACUCUCGUUCCCGGCGCUCCCUCCCCAGCGCCCGCGGGCCCGGGCGCUGCCCUGCGGCGGCGCGGCGAAGGGCCGGCAGGAUGGAGGCCGCCUUGCUGAAACCGGCGAUGAUGGCGGAGGUGAAGGGGAGCGGCGCCGGCGCGGCCGUGAGCGCCGAGCUGGAGGUGAAGAAGCUGCAGGAGCUGGUGCGCAAGCUGGAGAAGCAAAACGAACAGCUCCGCAGCCGUGCCGCCGCCGCCCGCCCGCCCAGCCCGCACCUGCUGCUGGCCCCGCUGCCGGCCCCCGCCGCGCUGCGCCCCGCCAGCCCCCCUGGGCCGGCUCCGGCUCCGGCUCCGACCCCGGCCGCGCCGUGCGUGCCCGGCCCGCUGCCCGGCGCCGCGCCCGGCCUGCAGGAGCCCCUCGCCUACUUCAAGGCGGCUGGCGGCGGGCAGGAGGCCGGCGGUGCGGGGGUUGCCACGGUGCUGGACGAGGUGGCGGUGCUGGAGCUGGAGGACGGAUGCUGCGGCCAGGACGAGGAUACAUGGUUGUAUGUCUUGCCUAACAAGACUGUCACUCUUCAAGAGAAAUCAGUGAGUCCCCUGCAGUGGUGCAGACGUCUUCUGGAUCAUCCAAGUCCUGAGAUAGAGGCUGCAAAACGUUCCUUAUGCUUCAGACUGGAACAAGGUUACAUUUCUAGGAGUUCCCCUUUGAGCCCUCAGUCAUCAAUAGACAGUGAGCUGAGCACCUCAGAGCUGGAGGAUGAUUCUAUCUCCAUGGGAUAUAAACUGCAGGACCUCACCGAUGUUCAGAUUAUGGCCCGUCUACAGGAAGAGAGCCUUAGACAAGAUUAUGCUUCGACUUCAGCAUCAGUGUCAAGACACAGUUCAAGUGUGUCACUGCAUUUGGGAAAAAAGGGGACGUGCAGCGACCAGGAAUAUGAUCGCUACAGCCUUGAGGAUGAGGAAGAAUUUGACCAUCUCCCUCCCCCACAGCCACGGCUCACACGCUGCUCCCCAUUCCAGAGAGGGAUCCCACACUCACAGACUUUCUCCAGUAUUCGGGACUGCAGGAGAAGCCCUACUUCCCAGCACUUUCCUUCAAGUACUUACCAGCAGCCCUACUAUUCUCCUCAAGUCCAAACUCCAGAACAGCAACCAAAUAGGAUGAAUGGAGAUAAACUCCGAAGAAGCAUGCCUAAUCUAGCUCGGAUGCCAAGUACCCCCACCAUUAACAAUACUGCUGGCUUUGCUAGUUCUCCAGUCACAGUGAGGAACAGUCAGAGCUUUGAUUCCAAUCUACAUGGAGCAAGUAAUGGGAUUUCAAGAAUGCAGUCAUGUAUUCCAUCUCCUGGACAGCUUCAACACAGAGUUCACAGUGUGGGACAUUUUCCAGUGUCUGUUAGGCAGCCUCUCAAAGCUACUGCCUAUGUAAGCCCAACUGUACAAGGUAGUAGUAGUAUUCCAGGAUCCAACAAUCUACAGUUACAUUCUAAUACUGGUAUCCCAAUGCCAAACAAGAUUGCCAGUCAAGGGAUUUUGGGGCGCAGUGCUCUUCCAAGACCCUCGUUGGCCAUCAAUGGGAGUGGCAUACCCAGAAGUAAAAUUGCACAGCCAGUUAGAAGUUUUCUUCAGCCUCCAAAGCCACUUUCAUCACUUACCACGAUGCGGGAUGGGAACUGGAGAGAUGGCUGCUAUUGAUGAACAAUGCCCAUGAACAGUGGAAAAUAAGUAAUGCAGAUUUCAUACCCAGCUGGCUGGGUAACAAUGUUUUGGGAAAGGAGCAUCACGCAAUAUUAUGUCCCCUGGGAUUUUAAUGUGUAAAUAUCCAUAAUGCAAUGCUGUUUUUUAAAAAGGAACAUCUUAUAAAACACUAAAUAUUGCACUUAAUAAAUUGUUUCCCGAACAGCUGCGUCAGACUAACAAUGGCAGAAUUGUUGUGUAGAACUGAAGAAAAAACUACAUAUGUGCAAAGUACCAGAAUGUUUCCUUAGAAAGAACUUGGAGUUAAGGAUUCUGGGGCAGUUUUGCUAUACUGAAAUACUAAGAUAAUUUAUUCAGUAUAAAGGCAUUGUGUAUUUUAUUUUGAAUUUUGGAGGGACUUACGUAUGUGCUUGGAUUUUUUUUUAGUGUUUCCAGUAUAUUUUAUUUUGUAUACUUGAGUUCAUUUAAACUUGCCUGAAUCGAACAACAGAGAGAUGAUUUAACUUUUCUGUGCCAUAAAUAAUAUUUUUGGGGUAAUGUACUUUUUUAGCACUAGGAACGUAUCUUACAAAAUUGUACCACUGGCAAUACAAAGCAGUGUAUUUAUGUUGCGAAAGCACAAAAAAAGUAGCACUCACUGGAGACUGCCAUCCAGCAGGGUCAGCAUGGUUUUGUUGGUCUUUCACCAUUUGUUCAAUUGUUAAUUUAUUGUCAUUGUGUUUUGUAUUUAAAAUGGCAUCGUAAGUCACACUGCACUUACAAAGAUACGGUGAUCUCUAUGACUGUGUUUGGUUUUCAGUACUUUAUUACAAAGAAUAAAACUGUAAUGUUUUAUUAACAGUUGCUUAUGUAAAAUGAGUUUUAAUGUGAAUAAAUCUUUUUUGAUAGAUCUUUUACAAAAUCCAAUUGCACUAAUCAAUGCUUUCUUAUAAUGGUAUAUGACUUAAUAUUUGAUUACAACUGUGUAUACUGCUGUUUUGGAAUGUUUCAGAAAUAAAGAAUCUAUUUCAGCAAUAAUACUGUUCUUGAGCGUGCAGUGUAAGCUUUGUCAGAAUUUAGCA